AUGGGCACGCAGCAGCAGCCGCGAAGCCCGGGGGCCGGGAACCUUCCAGGCGCCCUUCUGAGGGCCGAGGUUACAGGCCCCUCCCCGUUGCGGGGUGCUGGAGAUGUACGCUGGGCAAGCCCCGUGUCAAGGGACCUGCACCCCGGAGUGGCCCGGACUCAGGGACAGACACAGUUCACUCAGCUGCAGCCCCACCUCCCCGGGGUCGUCCUUGUAGCAUCUAGGGACGCUACCUGGACCGGAGGAUUUAGGGGGGCAGGGCACGACCCUCGGGGCUCGUGGGGCUCCCUGAGGGCACGAACCCCGCCCCCAACAGCGGAGGGCCCUGCAGUGCAGCCGUGCAGUGCAGCCGUGCAGCUGGGACGGCAGCUGAAGCACUCGAGGCCUUCUCGGGAGGAGGGGAGGGGUUUGAGGCUGCCUCUCAGUGGGCAGCUGCCAGGCGACGGCCAGGUCGACCGCCCAGUGAGCCGGCCGCCACGGAGGGAGCGGCCAGCCCUGCGGCCAGCCCCGCUUAACAGGUGUGACUUUGAGGACAACGUGAGGCCUUUGUGUGACUGGUCUCAGAUGUCUGGGGACGACGGGGACUGGGUUCGAACCAGUGGGCACUCCUUCACCGGCACGUCGGGCCCCCUGGGGGGGUACCCCAAUGGAGAGGGCUACUACCUGCACAUGGAUGCCAACACCUUCCCCCAGGGCGGCGUGGUGCGCCUGCGCAGCCCCGACAUAUGGGAGCAGGGCCCCCUCUGUGUCCACUUCGCCUUCCACAUGUUCGGGCUCUCGUGGGGCGCCCAGCUCAGGCUGCUUCUGUUCCAGGGCCGGGCGCACCGGCCCUCCCUGCUCUGGAAGCACGUGAACACGCAGAGCGCCUCGUGGGUGCCCACCACUGUCACUGUGCCCGCCGACAGGGACAUUCCGAGCUGGCUGGUGUUUGAGGGCAUCAGGGGGAACACCGAGUACCUGGACAUCUCUCUGGACGGACUCUCUAUCCAGCGGGGCACCUGCAAUCACAUCUGCAUGUCUCAGAUGUGCACCUUUGAUAUUGUCAAUGAUCUCUGCGGCUGGAGCUGGGUCCCCACGGCCACUGGGGCUAAGUGGACCCAGAGGAGAGGACCGUCGGGGAUGCCGGGUGUGGGGCCUGAUGACGACUUCUCCAGCCCUGGCACUCGGGGAUCCUUGGAAAGGAGCGUGCUUUCCAGGGUUCUCCAGCUCCUGCCCGGCCACAAGGGCUGCCAGGCGGACCUGGCACCACCUGCCCCUCACCUUUCCUCGGCGUCUCUCCUGCUGGCGUUUCCUGACAAGCUGUGCAGGGCCAGCACCAAGUGGUCCGUGUCCCUGCGCCCGGAGAGUUCUUCCGCCCUCUCCUCUGUGUGGCGGCCGGCUGUGUGCCCGCAGCGCUCCUCCCGCCUCCGACUCUCCGCGGGCCCCUUCCUGCCCUCCUCCUGGCCUCUCCGCCCCUCUGAGCUCACGGCUGCGGUGUGGCCCCGGGUCUGUGCCGCCCGGUGCCAGGCUGCGCGCUGUGUGGCCGGGUCUGUGCCGCCCGGUGCCAGGCUGCGCGCUGUGUGGCCCGGGUCUGUGCCGCCCGGUGCCAGGCUGCGCGCUGUGUGGCCGGGUCUGUGCCGCCCGGUGCCAGGCUGCGCGCUGUGUGGCCCGGGUCUGUGCCGCCCGGUGCCAGGCUGCGCGCUGUGUGGCCCGGGUCUGUGCCGCCCGGUGCCAGGCUGCUACGGCGCCCCCUCCCACGCGCGGCUCUCUCCCCGGGGCCUCACUGCCCUCUCUCUCGCAGCCGGCUACUACAUGCUGCUGGACCCCACGAACGCCAGGCCGGGGCAGAAGGCCGUGCUGCUGAGCCCCCUGAGCCAGUCCAGCGGCUGCCUCACCCUGUCCUUCCACUACAUCCUGCGCGGCCACUCGCCCGGGGACGGCCUCUACGUCUACGCCACGUUCCUGGGUGAGCGGCGGGGCCUGCCGGGGAAGCAGCACCGGGCUCCGCGGGGCCUGCCGGGGACCCGCCGUCGGAGCCCCCGGAGGGCGCGGUCUCGCGGGGGCGCAGGCAGUGGGGCUCCCGGACUCCGGCCCCCGCGCGCUCCGCGCCCCCGCGAGCGGGAGAGAGCGAGAGGACGCGCACGCACGGGUGCGCCGGAGUCCGGGAGGACCGUCGCGGGCGGGAGGACUCCCUCGCUCGCUCGCCGGCCUCCCGCCAACCUCCCGGUCGCCCCCGCAGGCAACAUCCGGAAGCACACCCUCUUCUCGGGGCACCACCGGCAGCACUGGCAGCCCGUGUCCGUCAACUACACGGGGCAGGGCCAGGUCCAGGUGCGCCAGCGAGGCCCUCCCCGCCGUCGCCCCUCGGCCGGGCGCUGCCGGCUGUGGGGACCUGAGGCCGCGGGAGCGCCCAGCCUCGGGGAGGAGCCUGCACCCUUCCUGCGCGGUCCGGCCAGGGCCCGCCGGGGUGCGGCUCGUUCACACGGGCAGGCUGGGCGCCCUCCCCUCCGGGGCCUCCCGCCUCGUUCACACGGUCAGGCUGGGCCCCCGGGCCUGGCUCCCGUCUGCGGAGCGGCCGGCUGGGCCGGGUGCGGUCGUGGGCCGCCGGCUCACGCAGCCCUCCCGUCGUGCUCUCAGUUCAUGCUGGUGGGUGUGUUCGGAGAGGAGCCGGAGCCGGCGGUGGCUGUGGACGCCAUCAGCAUCGCUCCCUGUUGGGAGCGCUUCCCCCAGUGCAACUUCGAGGACCGCGUCCACCCUUUCUGUGACUGGAACCACGUGUUCGGGGACGUGGGCCACUGGAGCUGGGGGAGUAAAAGUGUGCCGACGCCCAUGUCGGGGCCGGGGAGGGACUUCCUGAACGGAGGGAACCACUACAUUUACUUCGACUUGGUGAAGCUGUCGCGGCCGGGGCAGUCGGCCAAGCUGGUGAGCCCGCCCUUCUGCGCGCCCGGCGACGUCUGCGUGCAGUUCUCCUACCACAUGUACGGGCUGGGCCAGGGCACGGCGCUCGAGCUGCUGCUGGGCAGCCCGGCGGGCAGCGCGCCCGUGCCGCUGUGGAGGCGCGAGGGCUCGCAGAGCGCCGGCUGGGUGGACAGCUCCGUCACCGUCCACAGGGGGCACCCGCAGCCCAUGCAGCUCAUCUUCGAGGCCAUCCGGGGCACCAGCACCGCUUUCGUGGUCGCCGUGAACUUCAUCCUCAUCACUCACGGACCGUGCCGGGACCACCAUGUCGUGCCUACAGAAGCAAGCACUGUUGCCAUAGAAAUGGCUGUCACUCACACUGACGUGACCGGCUUCCACCACCAGGAGAUAAAUGUCCCCCAUGAGGGGACCAGCUACCACCAUGAGAGGAUAAUUGUCCCCCAUGAGAGGACCAGCGUCCACCAUGAGGAGAUAAUUGUCCCCCAUGAGGAGACCAGCAUUCACCAUAAGGAGAUAAUUGUCUCCCAUGAUGGGACCACAGUCUACCAUGAAGGGACCAGCGUCCACCAUGGGGAGAUAAUUGUCCCCCAUGAGGAGACCAGCAUCCACCAUGAGGAGACCAGCAUUCCCCAUGAGGAGACCACUGUCCACCAUGGGGAGACCAGCAUCCACCAUGAGGAGAGCAACAUCCCCCAUGAGGGGACCAGCAUCCACCAUGAGAUAAUUGUCCCCCAUGAUAGGACCACAGUCUACCAUGAGGGGACCAGCAUCCACCAUGAGAUAAUUGUCCCCCAUGAUAGGACCACAGUCUACCAUGAGGGGACCAGCAUCCACCAUGAGGAGAUAAUUUUUCCCCAUGAGGAGACAAGUGUCCACCAUGAGACCAGCAUCCCCCAUGAGGAGACCAGCAUCCCCCAUGAGGAGGCUGCUGUCCACCAUGAGACCAGUGUCCCCCAUGAGGAGACCAGCAUCCCCCAUGAGGAGACCAGUGUCCACCAUGAGGAGAUAAUUGUCCCUCAUGAGGAGACCAGUGUCCACCAUGAGGAGAUAAUUGUCCCUCAUGAGGAGACCAGUGUCCACCAUGAGGAGAGCAACAUCCCCCAUGAGGAGACCAGUGUCCACCAUGAGACCAGCAUCCCCCAUGAGGAGACCAGUAUCCCCCAUGAGGAGGCCACUGUCCACCAUGAGGAGGCCACUGUUCACCAUGAGGAGACCACCACCCACCAUGAGGAGACCAGCAUCCCCUAUAAGGGGACCAGCGUCCACCAUGAGGAGAUAAUUUUUCCCCAUGAGGAGAGCAGCAUCCACCAUGAGAAGGGCAGCUUCCCCCAUGAGGAGACCAGCAUCCCCCAUGAGAAGACCAGCGUCCACCAUGAGGAGACCAGCAUCCCCCAUGAGAAGACCAGCGUCCACCAUGAGGAGACCAGCAUCCCCCAUGAGGAGACCAGUAUCCCCCAUGAGGAGGCCACUGUCCACCAUGAGGAGGCCACUAUCCACCAUGAGAAGGGCAGCUUCCCCCAUGAGGAGACCAGCGUCCACCAUGAGAUAAUUGUCCCUCAUGAGGAGGCCAGCGUCCACCAUGAGAAGGGCAGCUUCCCCCAUGAGGAGACCAGCAUCCACCAUGAGGAGACCAGCAUCCCCCAUGAGAAGACCAGCGUCCACCAUGAGGAGACCAGCAUCCCCCAUGAGGAAACCAGCGUCCACCAUGAGGAGAUAAUUGUCCCUCAUGAGGAGACCAGCUUCCCCCAUGAGGAGACCAGUGUCCACCAUGAGGAGACCAGCACCCCCCAUGAGGAGACCAGCGUCCACCAUGAGGAGAUAAUUAUCCCCCAUGAGGAGACCAGCAUCCACCAUGAGGAGACCAGCAUACCCCAUGAGGAGACCAGCAUCCACCAUGAGGAGAGCAACAUCCCCCAUGAGGAGACCAGCAUUCCCCAUGAGGAGAGCAGUGUCCCCCAUGAGGAGACAACUGUCACCCCUGAGGAGACCAACAUCCCCUAUGAGGAGACCAGCGUCUACCAUGGGGAGACUACUGUCUCCCAUGAGAUCACUAUCCACCGUGAAGAGACCACCAUCCCCCAUGAGGAGAUCACCAUCCCCCAUGAGGAUAUCACCAUCCACCAAGAGGAGACCACUGUCCCCCAUGAGGAGACCAGCAUCCACCAUGGGGAGACCAGCAUCCCCCAUGAGGAGACCACUGUCCCCCAUAAGGAGACCAGCGUCCAUCAUGAGGAGACCAGCAUCCCCCAUGAGGAGAUCACCGUCCAUCACGAGACCACCAUCCACCAUGAGACCACUGUCCACCAUGAGGAGACCAGCAUCCUCCAUGAGGAGACCACUGUUUCCCAUGAGACCACUGUCCACCAUGAGACCACUGUCCACCGUGAGGAGACCAGCAUCCCCCAUGAGACCACUGUCCCCCAUGAGGAGACUAGCAUCCCCUAUGAAGAUACUAGCAUUCACCAUGAGGAGACCACUGUCCCCCAUGAGACCAGCAUACACAAUGAAGAGACCAGCAUCCCUCAUGAGGAGACCACCAUCCACCAUGAGACCACUGUCCACCAUGAGAUCACCAUACACAAUGAGGAGACCAGCAUCCCCUAUGAGGAGACCACUGUCCACCAUGAGGAGACCAGUGUCCCCCAUGAGGAGACCAGCAUUCCCCAUGAGGAGACCACUGUCCACCAUGAGGAGACCAGCAUCCCCUAUGAGGAGACCACUCUCCACCAUGAGGAGACCAGCAUCCCCUAUGAGGAGACCACUGUUCACCAUGAGGAGACCACCAUCCCCUAUGAGGAGACCACUGUCCACCAUGAGGAGACCACCAUCCCCUAUGAGGAGACCACUGUCCACCAUGAGGAGACCAGCAUUCCCCAUGAGGAGACCACUGUCCACCAUGAGGAGACCAGCAUUCCCCAUGAGGAGACCACUCUCCACCAUGAGGAGACCACUGUCCCCCAUGAGGAGACCAGCAUCCCUCAUGAGGAGACCACUGUCCACCAUGAGGAGACCAGCAUUCCCCAUGAGGAGACCACUGUCCCCCAUGAGGAGACCAGCAUUCCCCAUGAGGAGACCACUGUCCCCCAUGAGGAGACGAGCAUCCCUCAUGAGGAGACCACUGUCCACCAUGAGGAGACUACUGUCCCCCAUGAGGAGACCAGUGUCCACUAUGAGGAGACCACUGUCCCCCAUGAGGAGACCAGUGUCCACUAUGAGGAGACCACCAUCCCCCAUGAGGAGACCAGUGUCCACUAUGAGGAGACCACUGUCCCCCAUGAGGAGACCAGUGUCCACUAUGAGGAGACCACUGUCCCCCAUGAGGAGACCACCAUACCCCAUGAGGAGACCAGCAUCCCUCAUGAGGAGACCACUGUCCACCAUGAGGAGACCAGUGUCCACUAUGAGGAGACUACUGUAUCCCAUGAGGAGACCAGCGUCCCUCAUGAGGAGACCACUGUCCACCAUGAGGAGACCACCAUCCCUCAUGAGGAGAGCACUGUCCCCCAUGAGGAGACCAGUGUCCACUAUGAGGAGACCACUGUCCCCCACGAGGAGACCAGUGUCCACUAUGAGGAGACCACUGUCCCCCACGAGGAGACCAGCAUCCAUCAUGAGGAGACCACCAUACCCCAUGAGGAGACCAGCAUCCCCCAUGAGGAGACCACCAUCCCCCAUGAGGAGACCAGUGUCCACUAUGAGGAGACCAGUGUCCACUAUGAGGAGACCACUGUCCCCCAUGAGGAGACCACCAUUCCCCAUGAGGAGACCAGCAUCCACCAUGAGGAGACCACCAUCCCCCAUGAGGAGACCAGCAUCCACCAUGAGGAGACCACCGUCCCCCAUGAGGAGACCAGCAUCCACCAUGAGGAGAGCAGUGUCCCCCAUGAGGAAACCAACGUCCACUAUGAGGGGACCACUGUCCCCCACGAGGAGACCACCAUCCCCCAUGAGGAGACCACUGUCCACCAUGAGGAGACCAGCAUCCACCGUGAGACCACUGUCCACCAUGAGACCACUGUCCGCCAUGAAGAGAUCAGCAUACCACAUGAGGAGACCAGCAUACCCCAUGGGGAGACCACCAUCCCCCAUGAGGAGACCAGUGUCCCCCAUGAGGAGACCAACGUCCCCCAUGAGGAGACCAGUGUCCACCACGAGGAGACCAGUGAUCACCGUGAGGAGAUCAGCGACUACCACGAGGGGACCAGUGAUCACCAUGAGGAGACCAGCAUCCCCCACGAGGAGACCAGUGUACCCCAUGAGGAGAUCAGCGACCACCACGAGGGGACCAGCAUCCACCACGAGGAGACCAGUGUACCCCACGAGGAGAUCAGCGACCACCACGAGGGGACCAGCAUCCACCACGAGACCAGUGUACCCCACGAGGAGAUCAGCGACCACCACGAGGGGACCAGCAUCCACCACGAGGAGACCAGUGUACCCCACGAGGAGAUCAGCGACCACCACGAGGAGACCAGUGAUCACCAUGAGGAGACCAGCGACCACCAUGAGGGGACCAGUGACCACCAUGAGACCAGCGUUCCCCAUGAGACCAGUGACCACCACGAGGAGACCAGCAUCCACCAUGAGGAGAUCACUGUCCCCCAUGAGGAGACCACUGUCCACCAUGAGACCAGCGUCCACCAUGAGGAGACUAGCAUCCACCAUGAAGAGCCCAGCGUUCCCCAUGAGGAGACCAGUGUCCACCAUGAAGAGCCCAGCGUUUCCCAUGAAGAGGCCAGUGUCCACCACGAGGAGACCAGCAUACCCCAUGAGGAGGCCACUGUCCACCACGAGGAGACCAGCGUUCCCCAUGAGGAGACCAGUGUCCACCAUGAGGAGACCAGUGUUCCCCAUGAAGAGGCCAGUGUCCACCAUGAGGAGACCAGCAUUCCCCAUGAGGAGACCAGUGUUCACCACGAGGAGACCAGCAUUCCCCAUGAGGAGACCAGUGUCCACCACGAGGAGACCAGCAUUCCCCAUGAGGAGGCCAGUGUCCACCAUGAGACCAGCAUUCCCCAUGAAGAGGCCAGUGUCCACCAUGAAGAGCCCAGCAUUUCCCAUGAGGAGACCAGUGUCCACCAUGAGGAGACCAGUGUCCACCAUGAAGAGCCCAGCAUUCCCCAUGAGGAGACCAGUGUCCACCAUGAGGAGACCAGCAUUCCCCAUGAAGAGGCCAGUGUCCACCAUGAGGAGACCAGCAUUCCCCAUGAAGAGGCCAGUGUCCACCAUGAAGAGCCCAGCAUUCCCCACGAGGAGACCAGCAUCCACCAUGAAGAGCCCAGCAUUCCCCAUGAGGAGAGCAGUGUCCACCAUGAGGAGACCAGUGUCUACCAUGAGGAGGCCAGUGUUACCCAUGAGGAGGCCAGCGUCCCCCAUGAGGAGGCUAGUGUCCAUCAUGAGGAGACCAGCAUCCCCCAUGAGGAAACCAGCGUCCACCAUGAGGAGCCCAGCGCUCCCCAUGAGGAGACCAGCGUCCACCAUGAAGAGCCCAGCAUUCCCCAUGAGGAGACCAGUGUCAACCAUGAGGAGGCCAACGUCCCCCAUGAGGAGGGCAGCUUCCCCCAUGAGGAGGCCAGCGUCUCCCAUGAGGAGACCAGCGUCCCCCAUGGGGAGACCACCAUCCACCCUGAGGAGGCCAGCGUUACCCAUGGGGAGACCACUGUCCACUCUGAGGAGACCAGCGUCUAUUCUGAGGAGACCACCAUCCACCCUGAGGAGACCACCGUCCACCAUGAGGAGACCACCGUCCACCAUGAGGAGACCACCGUCCACCAUGAGGAGACCACCGUCCACCAUGAGGAGACCACUGUCCAUCAUGAGGAGACCACUGUCCCCCAUGAGGAGACCACUGUCCACCAUGAGGAGACUACCAGCUCUACAGAAGCCACCAUUGCCACCACAGCAGUCACCACUGCCCACAUGGACACGGCUACUGUGUUUCUUGAAGAGACCAGCAUCCAUCAUGAGGAGACCACUACCCCUAUAGAAAUGAUCACUGUCCCUCCUGAGGAGAUCAGCAACCCUCAUGAGACCACUCUCAUCAGGGAACCAUCUAGUGCCCUCAUUAAAGAGUCUACCAAAGUGACCUGCCCUCCAGACGCCCACUACGAGUCCUGUGCGUGCCCUGCGUCCUGCGAAAGCCCUCGGCCCAGCUGCGAGCCCCCCUGCAGUCCCGGCUGCGUCUGCAACCCUGGGUACCUGUUCAGCAAGGAUCAGUGCGUCAGCGCGGCUUCCUGCAACUGCCUCUACAACAACAAGUACUAUAACCCCGGGGAAGAAUGGUUCAGCCCCAACUGCACAGAACGGUGCCGCUGCUUGCCUGGCAGCCGGUUGGAGUGCCAGAUCUCGCAGUGCGCGACGCACACAGUGUGCCAGCUCAAGAACGGCCAGUAUGAGUGUGAGCCCUACGGUAGCGCCACCUGCCUGGCCUACGGGGACGUUCACUUUGUCACCUUUGAUGAGAAGCACAUUAGCUUCAUGGGGACAUGUACCUAUAUCUUGACCCAAACCUGCGACAACUCCACAGACCCGUUCUUUAGGAUAACAGCAAGCAUGCAAGAACGGGGAGUAGAAGGCAUAGCCUGCCUGGACAAAGUCUUCAUCACUGUGCCAGAGACCACCAUCACCAUGAUCAGGGGCAGACACACACUGAUUGGAGAGCAGGAAGUCACCCUCCCAGUGAUACCUACGAAUGGCAUCUUCGUGGGUCUGAGUGGUCGGUUUGUGGAGCUGAGGACGACGUUUGGUUUGCAUGUGAGAUGGGAUGGCGACCAGCAGCUGUUUGUGAUUGUGUCUAGUGCCUACUCCAGGAAGCUCUGUGGUGUCUGUGGCAAUUAUGAUGGAGACGGCAGCAAUGACUACCUGCAGCCAGAUGGGAAGAUGGCAUACGAUGAGGAGGACCUGGGCAAGAGCUGGCAGAUGGAAGAGGAGAGCAGGGAGUGUCGGAAGAUGAGUCCCCCAUCUUGUGAGCCAGCCUUGGAGAGCACCAUGUCAGGACACAACUUAUGUGGCCAGCUCGUCGACCCAGUAGGACCCUUUGAGUCAUGCCUGCUCCACCUGAAGGCUUCGCCCUUUUUGGAUAACUGCGUUACUGACAUGUGUAGCUUCCAGGGGCUCCAGCAGAAGCUCUGUGCUCAUAUGUCCGCCAUGACGGCCACCUGCCAGGAUGCCGGCCAUGCUGUGAAGUCCUGGAGGGAACCCGACUUCUGCCCCUUGACCUGCCCUCAGAACAGCAGGUACUCCCUGUGUGCCAAGCCAUGCCCGGAAACCUGCCAUCCUGGAGCUGCUUCCCAGCCCUGCUCAGACGAGUGUGUGGAAGGCUGCGAUUGUGACCCUGGCUUCAUCCUCAGUGGUUUGGAGUGUGUCCCCGAAACCCAGUGUGGGUGCACCAGCCUCGAGGGACACUACUUCAGGGUACAGGAGCAGUGGUUUAACCCGGACUGCAAAGAGAUCUGCACGUGCGAGGGCAACGACAGCAUCCGCUGCCAGCCCUGGAAGUGCAAGGCUCAGGAAGCCUGCGGCUACCGGAACGGCGUCCUAGGCUGCCACGCCCUAGGCACAGCCACCUGUGUAGCCUCGGGCGACCCCCACUACCUGACCUUCGAUGGAGCUUUGCACCAUUUCAUGGGGACCUGCACUUACCUACUGACAGAGCCUUGCUGGUCCAAUUAUCACGAGACUAACUUUGUUGUGAGCGCCACCAACGAGAUCCAUGGCGGCAACCUGGAAGUUUCCUAUGUCAGAGCUGUGCACGUGCAGGUCUUUGAUCUCAAAAUCUCCCUGCUCAAAGGUCGAAAGGUUGUGCUGAACAACCACAGGGUGGCACUCCCUGUGUGGCCUUCAAAGGGACGGGUGACCAUUCGGUUGAGUGGCAUCUUUAUCCUGCUCUACACGAACUUUGGCCUUCAAGUUCGAUAUGAUGGGAACCACCUGGUGGAGGUGACAGUGCCUUCCUCGUAUUCUGGCUUGCUCUGUGGGCUAUGUGGGAACUACAACAACAACAGCCUGGACGACAAUCUCCAGGCAGACAGGAAGCCUGCAGGCACGUCGCUCAUGCUGGGAGCCUCGUGGAAGAUACUCGAGGCCUCGGAGCCUGGCUGCUUCCUGCUCGGGGGCAAGCCCUCCAGCUGCGAAGAGAACAUGGAUGACGCCUGGUCUAGGAACUGCGAUAUCUUAAUGAAUCCUGUUGGGCCUUUCUCCAGAUGCCACGAGGCAGUGGCCCCGCAGGCCAGCUUCUCCAGCUGUGUGUACGGCCAGUGUGAGACCAAGGGGGACAGGCUGGCCCUCUGUCGCUCCCUGCAGGCCUAUGCCUCUCUGUGUGCCCUGGCCGGCCACGUGACAGCCUGGCGCAACAGCACCUUCUGCCCUCUUAGGUGCCCACCUGGGAGUAGCUACAGCCCAUGUGCCAACCCCUGCCCAGCCACCUGUCUCACCUUGAGCACUCCAAGGGACUGCCCGACGCUGCCCUGUGUCGAGGGCUGUCAGUGCCAGAGAGGGCACAUCCUGAGUGGGACCACCUGUGUGCCCAUCAGACACUGUGGCUGCAGUGAUCCAGAAGGCUUCUAUCACCUGUUGGGGGAGAGCUGGUACACAGAGAAGUCCUGCACCACUCUCUGCACUUGCUCAGCCCCAGGCCACGUCACCUGCACCGAAGCGGCCUGUGAGGUCAACCACGUGUGCUUGCGCCAGGACGGGCGGCUGUACUGCGCUGCAGAGAUGGGAGAGUGUCACAUGUCAGAAGACUCCCAUAUCGUGAGCUUUGAUGGCCAUGGCCACCCUAUCCAGGACUUGUGCACCUACAUCUUGGUGAAGAUCUGCCACCCCAACAUGAACCUGCCUUUCUUCACCAUCAGCGCCAAGACUGACAAGGGCAUCGGGAGCAAAAGCGUCAGUGUCUUUCAGCUCUACAUUGACAUCUUCAGCUUCCGUGUCACUCUGCAGAAAGACCAUUCGGUCCUGGUAUUCUGGAUCAAUGACACACUGGUCACCCUUCCUGCCACCACCCAAAUCCCAGGAGUCAGCAUCACGACUGAAGACGCCUAUACCAUUGUCACAAUUAAGGAUGAAGUCCAAGUCAAAUUUGAGAGCAAUAAUUUCUUAGAUAUCAAAAUCCCUGCAUCCUCCCAUGGAAAGUUGUGCGGUGUGUGUGGCAAUUUCAACGGCGAAGAAGAGGAUGAGCUCAUGACGCCCAGUGAAGAGCUAGCUGAGGACGAGGAGGAGUUCAUGGACAGCUGGAAAGACAAGAACAUCGAUCCACAUUGCCACAAAAUCGAAGAGCACAGCAUCCAAGUGGAGCAGCAGGAGAUCAUGAACGGAGAAUGCAGUCCCGACGACUUCGAGAGAGCUCAGGCGACCUGCCACGCCGCCCUGCAGGGCCCUGCCUGGGCCCAGUGUGCCGCCCGCGUGCCUCUCAAGCCCUUCCUGGUGGGCUGCAUGAACAGCUUCUGUGAGUUCAGGGAGCUCUUCCACGCGCUCUGCCAGUCUCUGCACUCCCUCCAGAUGGCCUGCGAGGACCAGGGGCUCCGGCCGCCCGUCUGGAGGAACAGCAGCUUCUGCCCCCUGGAGUGCCCACCCCACAGUCACUACACAAACUGCCUGCCAUCCUGCCCGCCCUCCUGCAUGGACCCGGACAGCCGCUGCGAGGGCUCUGGCCACAGGGUCCCCGUCACCUGCAAGGAGGGCUGCAUCUGUCACCCCGGCUUUGUGCUCAAUAACGACAAGUGCGUGCUCAAAGCUCACUGUGGCUGCGAAGACGCCCACGGCAGCUUCGUGCCGGAAGGCAAGAACUGGAUCGCCAGUGGUUGUACCCAGAACUGCAUUUGCAUUGGAGGGGUCAUUGAGUGUCAGCAUUUCCAGUGCCCCUCAGGGGCUCAGUGCCAGGACAACGAAGACGGCAGCAGCAACUGUGUCAAAAUCACUCUGCAGUGCCCGGCCCACAGCUUCUUCAGCAGCUGCCUGCCUCCCUGCCCCCCUUCCUGCUCGGACCCAGAGGGCCUCUGCAAGAGCACAAGCCAUGCCCCUUCCGCUUGCAGAGAAGGCUGCCUGUGUCACCCUGGCUUUGUUCUCCACGGGGGCAAGUGUGUGCCCACAGCUCUCUGUGGCUGCAGAGAUGCCCACGGUGCCUUCAUCCCAGCAGGCAAGACUUGGCUGACCGCAGGCUGCUCCCAGCACUGUACCUGCCUGACAGGGGCCGUCGGGUGCCGGGACUUCCACUGUCCUGUGGGGACCUACUGCCAGAACAGCAAUGACGGCAGCAGUAACUGUGUCCAAAUCACUCUGCACUGCCCGGCCCACAGCCACUACACCCACUGCCUACCUCCUUGUCUGCCUUCCUGCGCGGACCCGGAUGCCCACUGCCAGGACUCCAGCACCACAGCCCCCUCCGUCUGCAGGGCGGGAUGUGUCUGUGAGCCUGGCUACGUGGUGAACGAACACAAGUGUGUGCUCAAGACUGAGUGUGGCUGCCCAGACAGCCACCAUGGCCUCAUCCCGGAGGGAAAGUCCUGGAUCUCCAGGGGCUGUACCCAGAGCUGCUCCUGCUCAGGAGGUGUCAUCCAGUGUCACGAUUUCCACUGUCCCUUAGAGUCUUACUGCAAAAACACUGAGGAUGGCCACAGUCACUGUGUCAAAAUCACUCUGCACUGCCCGGCCCACAGCCACUACACCCACUGCCUACCUCCUUGUCUGCCUUCCUGCGCGGACCCGGAUGCCCACUGCCAGGACUCCAGCACCACAGCCCCCUCCGUCUGCAGGGCGGGAUGUGUCUGUGAGCCUGGCUACGUGGUGAACGAACACAAGUGUGUGCUCAAGACUGAGUGUGGCUGCCCAGACAGCCACCAUGGCCUCAUCCCGGCAGGCAAGACCUGGGUCUCCAGAGGCUGCACCCAGAGCUGCACCUGCGUGGGAGGGGUCAUCCAGUGCCAGGACUUCCACUGUCCCCACGGGACCUUUUGCCAUGACAGCAGCGAUGGCCACAGUAUAUGCAUCAAACUCACUCUGCAUUGUCCAGAACACAGCCACUACACCCACUGCCUACCUCCUUGCCUGCCUUCCUGCUGGGACCCAGAAGGCCACUGUGAGGGCUUCAGCACCCACGACCCCUCCACCUGCAAGGAGGGCUGUGUCUGUGACCCUGGCUUUGUGCUGCAUGAGGACGUGUGUCUCCUCAGAAUCCACUGUGAAUGCAGAGACCCCCAUGGUGCUAUCAUCCCGGCAGGCAAGUCCUGGAUCUCCAGGGGCUGUACCCAGAGCUGCUCCUGCACAGGAGGAGUCAUCCAGUGUCACGAUUUCCACUGUCCCGUAGAGUCUGACUGCAGAGACAUUGAGGAUGGCCACAGUAACUGCUUCAAAAUCACUCUGCAUUGUCCAGAACACAGCCACUACACCCACUGCCUACCUCCUUGUCUGCCUUCCUGUUGGGACCCAGAAGGUCACUGUGAGGGCUUCAGCACCCAUGACCCCUCUACCUGCAAGGAGGGCUGUGUCUGUGACCCUGGCUUUGUGCUGCAUGAGGACGUGUGUCUCCUCAGAAUCCACUGUGAAUGCAGAGACCCCCAUGGUGCUGUCAUCCCGGUAGGCAAGACCUGGGUCUCCAGAGGCUGCACCCAGAGCUGCACCUGCGUGGGAGGGGUCAUCCAGUGCCAGGACUUCCACUGUCCCCACGGGACCUUUUGCCAUGACAGCAGCGAUGGCCACAGUAUAUGCAUCAAACUCACUCUGCAUUGUCCAGAACACAGCCACUACAUCCACUGCCUACCUCCUUGUCUGCCUUCCUGCUGGGACCCAGAAGGCCACUGUGAGAGCUUCAGCACCCACGACCCCUCCACCUGCAAGGAGGGCUGUGUCUGUGACCCUGGCUUUGUGCUGCAUGAGGACGUGUGUCUCCUCAGAAUCCACUGUGAAUGCAGAGACCCCCAUGGUGCUAUCAUCCCGGCAGGCAAGACCUGGAUCUCCAGGGGCUGUACCCUGAGCUGCUCCUGCACAGGAGGAGUCAUCCAGUGUCACGAUUUCCACUGUCCCGUAGAGUCUGACUGCAGAGACACUGAGGAUGGCCACAGUAACUGCUUCAAAAUCACUCUGCAUUGUCCAGAACACAGCCACUACAUCCACUGCCUACCUCCUUGUCUGCCUUCCUGUUGGGACCCAGAAGGCCACUGUGAGAGCUUCAGCACCCACGAACCCUCCACCUGCAAGGAGGGCUGUGUCUGUGACCCUGGCUUUGUGCUGCAUGAGGACGUGUGUCUCCUCAGAAUCCACUGUGAAUGCAGAGACCCCCAUGGUGCUGUCAUCCCGGCAGGCAAGUCCUGGAUCUCCAGGGGCUGUACCCAGAGCUGCUCCUGCACAGGAGGAGUCAUCCAGUGUCAUGAUUUCCACUGUCCCUUAGAGUCUGACUGCAGAGACACUGAGGAUGGCCACAGUCACUGCUUCAAAAUCACUCUGCAUUGUCCAGAACACAGCCACUACACCCACUGCCUACCUCCUUGUCUGCCUUCCUGCUGGGACCCAGAAGGUCACUGUGAGAGCCUCAGCACCCACGACCCCUCCACCUGCAAGGAGGGCUGUGUGUGUGACCCUGGCUUUGUGCUGCAUGAGGACGUGUGUCUCCUCAGAAUCCACUGUGAAUGCAGAGACCCCCAUGGUGCUAUCAUCCCGGCAGGCAAGUCCUGGAUCUCCAGGGGCUGUACCCUGAGCUGCUCCUGCACAGGAGGUGUCGUCCAGUGUCAGGAUUUCCACUGUCCCGUAGAGUCUGACUGCAGAGACAUUGAGGAUGGCCACAGUAACUGCUUCAAAAUCACUCUGCAUUGUCCAGAACACAGCCACUACACCCACUGCCUACCUCCUUGUCUGCCUUCCUGCUGGGACCCAGAAGGCCACUGUGAGAGCUUCAGCACCCACGACCCCUCCACCUGCAAGGAGGGCUGUGUGUGUGACCCUGGCUUUGUGCUGCAUGAGGAUGUGUGUCUCCUCAGAAUCCACUGUGAAUGCAGAGACCCCCAUGGUGCUAUCAUCCCGGCAGGCAAGUCCUGGAUCUCCAGGGGCUGUACCCUGAGCUGCUCCUGCACAGGAGGUGUCGUCCAGUGUCAGGAUUUCCAGUGUCCCUUAGAGUCUGACUGCAGAGACACUGAGGAUGGCCACAGUAACUGCUUCAAAAUCACUCUGCAUUGUCCAGAACACAGCUACUACACCCACUGCCUACCUCCUUGUCUGCCUUCCUGCUGGGACCCAGAAGACCACUGUGAGGGCUUCAGCACCCACGACCCCUCCACCUGCAAGGAGGGCUGUGUGUGUGACCCUGGCUUUGUGCUGCAUGAGGACGUGUGUCUCCUCAGAAUCCACUGUGAAUGCAGAGACCCCCAUGGUGCUAUCAUCCCGGCAGGCAAGACCUGGAUCUCCAGGGGAUGUACCCAGAGCUGCUCCUGCACAGGAGGAGUCAUCCAGUGUCACGAUUUCCACUGUCCCGUAGAGUCUGACUGCAGAGACACUGAGGAUGGCCACAGUAACUGCUUCAAAAUCACUCUGCAUUGUCCAGACCACAGCCACUACACCCACUGCCUACCUCCUUGUCUGCCUUCCUGCUGGGACCCAGAAGGUCACUGUGAGGGCUUCAGCACCCACGAACCCUCCACCUGCAAAGAGGGCUGUGUGUGUGACCCUGGUUUUGUGCUGCAUGAGGACGUGUGUCUCCUCAGAAUCGACUGUGAAUGCAGAGACCCCCAUGGUGCUAUCAUCCCAGCAGGCAAGUCCUGGAUCUCCAGGGGCUGUACCCUGAGCUGCUUCUGCACAGCAGGUGUUGUCCAGUGUCAGGAUUUCCACUGUCCCUUAGAGUCUGACUGCAGAGACACUGAGGAUGGCCACAGUAGCUGCUUCAAAAUCACUCUGCAUUGUCCAGAACACAGCCACUACACCCACUGCCUACCUCCUUGUCUGCCUUCCUGCUGGGACCCAGAAGGCCACUGUGAGAGCUUCAGCACCCACGAACCCGCCAUCUGCAAGGAGGGCUGUGUCUGUGACCCUGGCUUUGUGCUGCAUGAGGACGUGUGUCUCCUCAGAAUCCACUGUGAAUGCAGAGACCCCCAUGGUGUUAUCAUCCCGGCAGGCAAGACCUGGAUCUCCAGGGGCUGUACCCUGAGCUGCUCCUGCACAGGAGGAGUCAUCCAGUGUCAUGAUUUCCACUGUCCCUUAGAGUCUGACUGCAGAGACAUUGAGGAUGGCCACAGUAACUGCUUCAAAAUCACUCUGCAUUGUCCAGAACACAGCUACUACACCCACUGCCUACCUCCUUGUCUGCCUUCCUGCUGGGAUCCAGAAGACCACUGUGAGGGCUUCAGCACCCACGACCCCUCCACCUGCAAGGAGGGCUGUGUGUGUGACCCUGGCUUUGUGCUGCAUGAGGACGUGUGUCUCCUCAGAAUCCAUUGUGAAUGCAGAGACCCCCAUGGUGUUAUCAUCCCGGCAGGCAAGUCCUGGAUCUCCAGGGGCUGUACCCUGAGCUGCUCCUGCACAGGAGGAGUCAUCCAGUGUCAUGAUUUCCACUGUCCAAUAGAGUCUGACUGCAGAGACAUUGAGGAUGGCCACAGUAACUGCUUCAAAAUCACUCUGCAUUGUCCAGAACACAGCCACUACACCCACUGCCUACCUCCUUGUCUGCCUUCCUGUUGGGACCCAGAAGGUCACUGUGAGAGCUUCAGCACCCACGACCCCUCCACCUGCAAGGAGGGCUGUGUCUGUGACCCUGGCUUUGUGCUGCAUGAGGACGUGUGUCUCCUCAGAAUCCACUGUGAAUGCAGAGACCCCCAUGGUGCUAUCAUCCCGGUAGGCAAGACCUGGGUCUCCAGAGGCUGCACCCAGAGCUGCACCUGCGUGGGAGGGGUCAUCCAGUGCCAGGACUUCCACUGUCCCCACGGGACCUUUUGCCAUGACAGCAGCGAUGGCCACAGUAUAUGCAUCAAACUCAUUGUGCAGUGCCCAGCCCACAGCCACUACACCCACUGCCUACCUCCUUGUCUGCCUUCCUGCUGGGACCCAGAAGGCCACUGUGAGGGCUUCAGCACCCACGCCCCCUCCACCUGCAAGGAGGGCUGUGUGUGUGACCCUGGCUUUGUGCUGCAUGAGGACGUGUGUCUCCUCAGAAUCCACUGUGAAUGCAGAGACCCCCAUGGUGCUAUCAUCCCGGUGGGCAAGACCUGGAUCUCCAGGGGCUGUACCCAGAGCUGCUCCUGCACAGGAGGAGUCAUCCAGUGUCACGAUUUCCACUGUCCCGUAGAGUCUGACUGCAGAGACACUGAGGAUGGCCACAGUAACUGCUUCAAAAUCACUCUGCAUUGUCCAGAACACAGCCACUACACCCACUGCCUACCUCCUUGUCUGCCUUCCUGCUGGGACCCAGAAGGCCACUGUGAGAGCUUCAGCACCCACGACCCCUCCACCUGCAAGGAGGGCUGUGUGUGUGACCCUGGCUUUGUGCUGCAUGAGGACGUGUGUCUCCUCAGAAUCCACUGUGAAUGCAGAGACCCCCAUGGUGCUAUCAUCCCGGAUGGCAAGACCUGGAUCUCCAAGGGCUGUACCCAGAGCUGCACCUGCACAGGAGGAGUCAUCCAGUGUCAGGAUUUCCGGUGUAAUGUAGAGUCUUAUUGCAGAGACACUGAGGAUGGCCACAGUAACUGCUUCAAAAUCACUCUGCAUUGUCCAGAACACAGCCACUACACCCACUGCCUACCUCCUUGUCUGCCUUCCUGCUGGGACCCAGAAGGCCACUGUGAGAGCUUCAGCACCCACGACCCCUCCACCUGCAAGGAGGGCUGUGUGUGUGACCCUGGCUUUGUGCUGCAUGAGGACGUGUGUCUCCUCAGAAUCCACUGUGAAUGCAGAGACCCCCAUGGUGCUAUCAUCCCGGUGGGCAAGACCUGGAUCUCCAGGGGCUGUACCCAGAGCUGCGCCUGCACAGGAGGUGUCGUCCAUUGCCAGGAUUUCCACUGUCCCUUAGAGUCUGAAUGCAAAACUAUUGAGGAUGGCCACAGUAACUGCUUCAAAAUCACUCUGCAUUGUCCAGAACACAGCCACUACACCCACUGCCUACCUCCUUGCCUGCCUUCCUGCUGGGACCCAGAAGGCCACUGUGAGGGCUUCAGCACCCACGCCCCCUCCACCUGCAAGGAGGGCUGUGUGUGUGACCCUGGCUUUGUGCUGCAUGAGGACGUGUGUCUCCUCAGAAUCCACUGUGAAUGCAGAGACCCCCAUGGUGCUAUCAUCCCGGUGGGCAAGUCCUGGAUCUCCAGGGGCUGUACCCAGAGCUGCUCCUGCUCAGGAGGUGUCGUCCAGUGUCAGGAUUUCCACUGUCCCGUAGAGUCUGACUGCAGAGACACUGAGGAUGGCCACAGUAACUGCUUCAAAAUCACUCUGCAUUGUCCAGCCCACAGCCACUACACCCACUGCCUACCUCCUUGUCUGCCUUCCUGCUGGGACCCAGAAGGCCACUGUGAUGGCUUCAGCACCCACGACCCCUCCACCUGCAAGGAGGGCUGUGUCUGUGACCCUGGCUACUUGCUGAAUCAUGAAAAGUGUGUGCUCCGGAUUCAGUGUGGUUGCACAGAUGCCCACGGUGACCUCAUUCCUGCGGGCAGGACCUGGGUCUCCGCAGGCUGCUCACAGAGCUGUAACUGCAUGGGAGGCCUCAUCCACUGCCGGGGCUUCCAGUGUCCGCCAGGGACGCACUGCAAGGACGGCCACGAUGGCAGCAGCUCCUGCGUCAAAAUCACUCUGCAGUGUCCUGCCCACAGCCGCUACACCAGCUGCCUCCCCCCGUGCCCGCCUUCCUGUGCCGAUCUGGAUGGCCACUGCGAGGGCGCCACCACCACAGUCCCCCCUGUCUGCAGGGAGGGCUGCCUCUGUCAGCCUGGCUACGUGGUGGACCACGGAAAGUGUGUGCUGCAGAUGCACUGUGGCUGCAGAGACUCGCACGGGGACGCCAUCCCGGCCGGCAAGACCUGGCUCUCCAGCGCCUGCACCCAGAGCUGCACCUGCAUGGGGGGCAUUGUCCAGUGUCGCACCUUCAGCUGCCCCCCAGGGACUCAGUGCCAGAAUGGCCACAAUGGCAACAGUCACUGUGGCAAAACCACUGUGCACUGCCCAGCCCACAGCCUCUACACCAGCUGCCUCCCCUCCUGCCCACCGUCCUGCUUGGACCCAGAAGGCCUCUGUAAGGGUAGCAGCCCAGCACCCUCCUCCACCUGCAAGGAGGGCUGCAUCUGUCAGUCUGGCUACGUGCUGGACGGUGACGAGUGUGUGCCCAGAGUUCACUGUGGCUGCCGGGACGCCCGGGACGCCCAUGGCGCCCUCAUCCCGGCCGGAAAGACCUGGCUCUCCAGCGGCUGCACCCAGAGCUGCAGCUGUGUGGAUGGGGCAGCCCACUGCCAGGACUUCCACUGCCCCUUGGGGUCGCACUGCCAGCACAGUGAGGAUGGCAGCAGUAGCUGUGCCUCUGACAAACUGGAGAAAUGCACCAUCUUUGGGGACCCCUAUUACCACACAUUCGACGGCUUCUCCUACCACUUCCUGGGCCGCAUGAGCUACUACCUCAUAAAGACGGUAGACGGGCUCCCCCAUGGGGUUGAGCCCCUGGUCAUAGAGGGGCGCAACAAAGUCUCCCCCAAAGGGAACCCAGCCCUGCACGAAGUCAUCACCAGCAUCUAUGGCUACAGGAUCCAGCUCCAGGAAGGCCUGGUGGUGCUGGUCAACAAUCAAAAGGUGGCGGUCCCCUACAGCGCGGGCCACAGUCUGCAGGUCCUCCUGAGGGCUCAGCGGCUCUUCCUCAUCACGGACUUCCAGAUGGUGGUGGACUUCGACGGGAAGCACAGUGCAGUGAUCUCCCUGCCUACCACGUACCGGGGGCUGAUAAGGGGCCUGUGUGGAAACUAUGACGGGAACGAAAGCAAUGAUUUCAUGCUGCCCAGUGGAAUGCUCACCUCAGACAUCAAUGUCUUUGGCAACAGUUGGGAGGUGAAGGUGGUGAAUGCCCUCUUCCGCUUCCCAAGGGCCCUACCAGAAGAAGAGGGAGGAGAGGAAGAGCCUACCCUUCUGCCAUCAGAAUGCAGCCCGGAGCAAACGGCCAUCAUCAGCAGCACCCAGGCCUGUAGGGUGCUGGUAGACCCCCAGGGCCCCUUUGCUGUCUGUCACCAGAGGGUGGCUCCAGAGCCCUUCCAGCAGCACUGUCUGUCUGAAAUGUGCACCGGCUGGAAAACAGAGGAGGAGGAGGAGCUCCGCUGCCAGGUCCUCAGCGGAUACGCCAUCAUCUGCCAGGAGGCAGGCGCCAACGUGACUGGUUGGCGGGAGCAGGCGCAGUGUGCCAUGACAUGUCCUGCCAAUACCGUGUACCAGCGUUGCAUGGCGCCCUGCCCGGCCUCCUGUGCCACAUUUGUGACCCCCAAGGCCUGUGAAGGCCCCUGCGUGGAAGGCUGCGCUAGCCUCCCUGGCUACAUCUACAGCGACACCCAGAGCCUGCCGCUGGCCCACUGCGGCUGCACCGCCAAUGGCGUCUAUCACAAGCUGGGGGACAGCUUUGUGACUGCCGACUGCUCCCAGCUCUGCACCUGUGCGAGCCAAGGGGUCGUGCUGUGUGAGCCCUACGGCUGCCCGGCCGGGGAGUCCUGCACGGUGGCCAACUCCACUCGGGGCUGCUUCCGGGACGGCCCGUGUCUACACAACCCCUGUCACAAUGACGGCCAGUGUGAGGAGCGGGGGGCCACCUUCGUCUGCCACUGUGACCUCGGUUACGGAGGACGGCUCUGCACGGAGCCUCGGGAUGUCCCCGCCAGAAAGAAGCUAGAACUGGCAAGCUCCAUGAGCUUGGUGGCCAUCCUGCCAGGGGUGCUGGUGAUGGUGCUGGUGCCGGCCUUACUGCGAGUGUAUGUUUACAUGACGAUGAGAAGGACUGCCAGGAGGUGGAGGUGGAGAGGGGAGAAGCUGUGGAGGUGGAUCGGCCUGAGGCUGGAGGGCACGGACGUUCCCGAGCUGGCCCUCAAAGCCCCGGACUGCUGAGCAGACACAUAAACAUAGUUUAUUUUUUUAAACGCUUUUUAUCUUACAAUUGUGUGUGUGUGUGUGACUGCGAGUGCAUGUGUACCCAUGCAGGGGCGGGGCGGGGCGGGGCGGCCCCCCCAGGAGAAAACUCACUGGAAGCCGAAGGCAGGCGGCCCAGCGUGCCAGUGCACCAGCCACGGAAGACACAGGGCAGGGAGGGAAGCUUCCAGAGGAAGACAGGCUGUGCCCCAGAGCCCUGCACGACAGGACACACACACACACACACACACACACACACACACACAGGAGGACACACACAGGAGGACACACACACACACAGGAGGACACACACACACACAGGAGGACACACACACACACAGGAGGACACACACACACACAGGAGGACACACACAUACACAGGAGGACACACACACAUACACAGGAGGACACACACAUACACAGGAGGACACACACAUACACAGGAGGACACACACACAUACACAGGAGGACACACACACAGGAGGACACACACAGGACACACACACACACAGGACACACACAGGACACACACACACAUACAGGAGGACACACACACAGGAGGACACACACAUACAGGAGGACACACACAGGAGGACACACACACACACAUACAGGAGGACACACACACAUACAGGAG